AUGAUGCGGUCUUUGAGCUGUAGAAAAGGAGGCCACAAAGGCCGAGCAAGGCAGUACACGAGUCCUGAAGAGAUUGAUGCCCAGCUCCAAGCAGAAAAGCAAAAGGCAAGGGAAGAAGAGGAGCAAGAAGAAGGAGGCGAAGGAGCAACAGGGGACCCCAAAAAGGAGAAGAAGUCUUUAGAUUCAGAUGAGAGUGAAGAAGAUGACGAGGAUUAUCAGCAAAAGCGCAAAGGAGUGGAAGGGUUGAUAGACAUAGAGAAUCCCAACCGUGUAAUUCAGACAACCAAAAAAGUAACUCAGCUGGACCUGGAUGGACCUAAGGAACUCUCGCGACGAGAGCGAGAGGAAAUAGAGAAACAAAAGGCAAAAGAAAGAUACAUGAAAAUGCACCUAGCUGGCAAAACAGAACAAGCGAAGGCAGAUCUCGCCCGACUAGCCAUCAUUCGGAAGCAAAGGGAAGAAGCUGCCAGAAAGAAAGAAGAAGAAAGAAAAGCAAAAGACGAAGCGGCCAUGGCAGGUAAAAGACUGCAGUCACUCUCCCUUAACAAGUAAGCACAGGACACGCAAGAGGAGGAAACGCCAGGGAACUGUGCCUGGUGCCCGCCAGGAGCUCUGUCGUGUUGCAUACCACCGAUGCCACGUAGGGUGUACUGCGGCAUCGACGUCACCUUCACCUCCAAGAGACACUGACGAUGUGUUUGUCUUCAUCCUGGCACAGAUUUCCAUUUGGGGUUAGGGGCAGCUGCCACCUUCGGCGCAGAACUGUGCUGAACAGCAAUUCUCUGUAACAGUUUGGAAACCUGAAUGUUUUUUGCUGGUUUUAGGAUUAAGAACUCAUAGACAGGGGACGGGGCGGGAGGGAGCUGUGCGGGAGGGGAGAUGCUUCAAAUAUUAGAUUGC